AUCUGGAAGCUGAUAGACAGACAGACCAUGGAUCGUCUGGUUGUGUGUGUGCUGCUGUGUGGACUGCUGUGUGCGGUGCUGGUGAAGGGCUACAACUGCCCCGGCCGCUGCAUCUGCCAGCACCUCUCCCCCACUCUGACUCUGCUCUGCGCUAAGACCGGUCUGCUGUUUGUGCCCCCAACCAUCGACCGCAAGACUGUGGAGCUGCGUCUCACAGACAACUUCAUCACCAUCAUCCGCAGGAAAGACUUUUUCAACAUGACCAGCCUGGUCCACCUCACCCUGUCCCGUAACACCAUCAGCCAGAUUACGCCCCACGCCUUCCUGGGCCUGCGCUCUUUACGAGCCCUCCACAUGGACGGCAACCGCCUCAGUGUCAUCAAGAGCGACCACUUCAAAGGCCUGGUCAACCUCCGCCACCUCAUACUGGGGAACAACCAGAUUCACCACGUGGCCCCAACCUCAUUUGAUGAGUUUGUGUCAACCAUCGAGGACCUGGAUCUGUCCAACAACAACCUGAGGACCCUGCCCUGGGAGGAGAUAGGCAGGAUGAGCCACAUCAACACCCUCACCCUUGAUCACAACCUGAUCGAUCACAUCGGAGCUGGGACUUUCACGCUCCUCACCAAGCUGGUUCGUCUGGAUAUGACCUCCAACCGGCUGCAGAAGCUACCUCCGGACAGCCUGUUUCAGCACGCCCAGGUGCUGUCAGAUGCCAAGGGCUCCAACCCGUCCUCCCUGGCGGUGAGCUUUGGGGGGAACCCUCUCCACUGUAACUGUGAGCUGCUGUGGCUCCGCAGACUGACCCGGGAGGACGACCUGGAGACCUGCGCCUCCCCGGAUCACCUCAUGGACAAGUACUUCUGGUCCAUCCAGGAGGAGGAGUUCAUCUGCGAGCCCCCGCUCAUCACCAAACACCUAUCCACCAAGCCCUACGUCAUGGAGGGCCAGGGGGUCACCCUCAAGUGCAAGGCCAUGGGAGACCCGGACCCGGCCAUCCACUGGCGCUUCCCCGACGGCAAGCUGGUGCACAACAACUCCCGCACCAUCCUGUAUGACAACGGUACCUUGGACAUCCUCAUCACCACCCUGAAGGACAGCGGUGCCUUCAACUGUGUGGCCUCCAAUGCUGCAGGCAUCGCCACAGCUGUCGUGGAGAUCAACAUGAUCCCUCUGCCCUUGUUCGUCAACAACACAUUGCACCACAUGCGCGAGGCCGAUCGGGGCCUCUCUGACAUCACCACCUCCUCCAAGUCAGGCAACGACACCAAGGGCCAUGACAAACACCAGGACAAGAGGGUGGUGGUGGCCGAGCUGACCUCCUCCUCGGCUGUGAUUCGUUGGCCCUCUGAGCGCCACAUCCCAGGCAUCAGGAUGUACCAGAUCCAGUACAACAGCACUGCAGACGACACACUGGUUUACAGGUAAGCCAUGUGGGGGCUGGGGCUGGAGGAAUGGGAGCGCUGGGGCUGGAGGACUGGAGCUGGUGGAAAUGGGGUUUCGUUUAGUUUAUUAGGAUCCCCAUUAGCUACUGCACAUGCAGCAGCUACUCUUCCUGGGGUCCACAUAAAACAUACAAAUAAAUGACAAAGUACAGAACGGUUAUAGACAAGGACAGUAAAUUCAACAACAAAAAAGGGGGUGGGGAUGGGGCUGGGGUGGGGGAGGCGGUUAGGGGGGAGAAGGUCUGAGCCAGCUCUGGAGACUGUCUGAGCCAUCUGGAAUGCCCAUCUGCUGAAUGGCAUGACAGUCCAUUAUAAUAGAUCCAUAGCUCCCAGAGCUGCAUAGGUGCUGUAUCAUUAACUAUGUCACUAAAUGUAAGUAAGCGCACAAUUUUAUUAUGGUUUAGGGAUAAAAGAGUGUAUAAACUGACCAUAUGUUGGUUUUAAUAGAUAAACAUGCUGAGUAUGAUUUUCCAUUUCCAGUUGUUAGCUCUAGGCCUGUGGGAAAACAAAGAUUACACGAUUUAAGACUUAUGACUUGGCCUUUAGAGAGUAAAUAUAACCUUUUCUCUCAAUAUUAUCCAGCUUCAGCAGGCACUAUCACGUCCCAGUCCUUAACCCCAAUCCAACGAUAACCCCAUUCCUUACCAUAAUCCCAAUAGGACAUCAUUGUGCCUAGGACACCCGUGAGUCCCAUUCUGGGACAUGAACAUGUCUGCUAUCUGCUGCAGUUGGAGGCUUCUCCCAUUUUGAAGAACUAUCAGUUGAACAUUAGAGGAUCCCUGUUUAAUAUGAUAGAUAUUACAACAUGUAAUUUAUUCCACAUUGAUGAAUGACUCAUGUCUACUCCGUUUCACUAAACACAUACAAGGUGAUGAGCUGCUAUUUAGCACCAAUUAAGUAGUCAACCAUAGAGUAAUGAUAGGUUUGAUUGCAUCGCAUUGAUGAGUAAAAGCACAAUGGGUCAAACAAACUUUAUAUUGUCAAUACAGAGAUUAUUAUAGUAAUGUCACAUGUAUAGCUGAUAAUUUGACAAAUAAAUAUUGUAUUAAUACCAGAAUGGGAAUUUUAAACCAAAGUCUUUGCAUAUAGCCUAUAGCCAAACGUGAAUUGCAGAAAGCUAUUGUACCUAUUGGCCAAUCCGAAUUGUGAAUUGCUGUAGAAUUUAUUAACAUAAUAGCUAUAUACAGUUAUUGAGUUCUAUGUUUCAAUUGGUGUAGGUCCCAUUUCCUUAUCUUGAACAUAAAUUCAUGAUGAGGAAUAUUGUAGAACUGACUAAUGCAAAGUGUGCACUCUAAUGCCAGGGUUACGGAGUUGAUACACAGAAUUAAAUCAUUCAUUUCAGUCCAUCUUAAAUGAGCUAUGUAUGUGCUAACGCUGCCAUUUUGCAUUACUCAUUCAAAUGCCCCUAUUGAGUUGAGAGUACGUAGGCCUAUUUGACCCAAUGUGGACCACUGCACUAGCAGGGCAGGAAUUAAGACCGUAUCCUGAACUUUUCUCAAGGUGUCAUAAGGCCAAGUUUAGAGCUGUUGUUGUUGGUUGACUUUGCUAUUUUUAUCGCUUCUGAUUUAAUUCGCUAUUCUCCUGUAUAAUGUUCUCCCGUAUGUUUAAACAGCGACCUGAGUGUUUUGUCUUUAGGUGAUACAUUAUUACCUACAAGUGAGAACCAUCAGUGUUCCUUGAGGGGAAUAUUAUCAUGCUUCUAAUUAUAUUAACACAGAUGUUUUUCUCCUUCAUGUUCAAAGACGAUGUGUUUUAUUUCACACAACAUCACACUUGUCUUCGCACCAUGGGCAUUUGGCCAGAAGCCUGCAUUGUCCUUCCCUGUAGAGUGUGAGUGUGAGUGUGAGUGUGAGUGUGAGUGUGAGUGUGAGUGUGAGUGUGAGUGUGAGUGUGAGUGUGAGUGUGAGUGUGAGUGUAGGUACCUUGUUUGUCACCUUGCUGUUUAACCUUUGCCAUCAUAGCAUACAUAAAAUGCUGGGGGAGUCAUUUCUCACUGUCACCCUGUCUAGAAGUCAAGUGUCAGCACUGAUGUCUUUACUUGGGCCCCUAAUAUGAGGGUGAUAUUUAAAGCCUCACUGGAGCUGAACUAAGUUGACAUGGCUGUCUCUUUUCUGUGUUUAUCAUACACCUCUGUGUCAGGUUAACACUUAUGUGCAUGUCGUUAAUAAGAAUGCAGUGUGACACUGUCUGACACUGUUUUGUUCCAUACAGUAUAUUGGUGGUAAUUGAGGGGGGCAGUCAAUACUGCCCUGGCAAGGCUAACCUUCACCACUCCUGUGUAUUCCUUCCUUUUUUCUGCAGAAUGAUCCCGUCCACCAGUAAGACCUUCCUGAUCAACGACCUGGCGGCGGGCCGGGAGUACGACCUGUGUGUCCUGGCGGUGUACGACGACGGCAUCACCUCUCUGACGGCCACGCGCGUGGUGGGCUGCGUCCAGUUCCACACAGCCAGCGAGGUCAGCCAGUGCCGCUUCAUCCACAGCCAGUUUCUGGGUGGCACCAUGAUAAUUAUCAUUGGCGGCAUCAUUGUGGCCUCAGUACUGGUGUUUAUCAUCAUCCUCAUGAUCUGCUACAAGGCCCACAGCAGCCCAGAGGACAGCAAGGCCAAGGUCAGCUCCAGCAUGCACUCCCAGACCAACGGCAGCCAGCACAGACUCCAGCGCUCCACCUCCAAGCAGCCUGCUGAGGACAGCCACCAGAGAGAAGCCCUACCAGUGGCAGCCAAGGAGUGCAUGGCCCUGGUGCUGAAGGUGGACAAUGACAAGAGGGAGUGGGACACCCCUCCGGCCACCAGGGCCAUCCUGGAAGUGGAGCUGCCCCCCCUGCCCACGGACAAGAUGAAGAGGACCAGCCUGGACGCCCAGCACUCUGGAUCUGGCCCCCCGUCAGAGGACACACAGACAGACAGCAGCCUGACGGGCUCCACCAUGUCCUUGUGUCUCCUAGGCCCCAACGCCGGCACCAAGGAGGCCCCCAGGCUCAAGGACAAGAAGAACGCCCUGGCCAACAUGGGGUUUAAUAACGAGCUGGCACGAACUAGGCACAGGUUCAGCUUUGAUGGGGGAGACUACUCCAUAUUUCAGAGCCACAGUUACCCCCGCAGAGCGCGGACGAGGCGGCACAAGUCCACCGACCAGCUCAACAUGGAGUCCUCGCCGCUGGCCAACCGGAGAGUCACUUUCAGCAGCACUGAAUGGAUGCUGGAGAGCACAGUGUAA